AAAUAUUUUUUAAAAACCAAACAACCCUAAAGUGCCAGAGCUUUCACUGAUUUAUGCACACUUCCUAACACGACACAUUUCCCCCUUAGUUUAGCUGCAGAGAGAGGAGGAAAACACAGCACGCGCACACAUACACAGACACACACACAGAGUAGACACACACACGGGCCACGUUUUCUGCAUGUAAAAUGUGUGUGUGUUCUUAAAAAGGCAGUGGUUGGCUGGUUUUCCGGACAUGAUGUGGUUGAAGCUGUCAUCGUAAUGGAAAUUCAUUGCUGUAGCUAUGGUAAAUCGAGUUUUCUGCCUGUGCUGAAUGCAUUAGUCUAAUGAGAUGUUUGCAGCUGGAGAGCAGAGCUGCUGGAGAUGUACGGUGCGCUAACAGACAGGGGAAAGAUGGCUUGUAGAAGGGUCUGUGGGCACGUGCUCCAAGUCCCCGACACUUUGGGCCAAAAUACCUGGCGUCUGUAGAGAAGUCGACCCGUCAUUAAACAUAAGCAAUAGAUCCUUUCCUUAUGAAUCAUUUGCCAUCACUGCCUCCUGGGCUGGGCACUGUUGACAUGCAGUCUCCCAGAAUACCAGGUAGAAAAAGAGGAAGACCCCCACUGCAUUCAGCUCCCAUGAAAAUGGCUGUUCAUAAUCUUUAUUCUGCACCAGCUGGUUCUUUGCCAGUUGUGAAGAUCCCAAAGAAACGAGGGAGGAAGCCAGGAUACAAGCUGAAAACUCGUGUUCUAAUGACUCCUUUAGCAAUCUCCCCACCAAGAAGCACUCCAGAACCCGAUAUUAGUUCAAUCCCACAGGAUGCAGCUACAAUACCCAAUUCAGCAGCCCCACAAGCCCUCACAGUGUGCAUUUACGUCAACAAACAAGCCAACGUGGGGCCCUACCUCGAGCGGAAGAAAGUGCAGCAACUGCCGGACCACUUUGGACCUGAACGGCCUUCCAUGGUGCUGCAACAGGCAGUCCAGGCCUGCAUUGAUUGUGCCCACCAGCAAAAGUCAGUCUUCUCACUUGUCAAGCAGGGCUAUGGAGGUGAAAUAGUGUCAGUUUCUGCUUCUUUUGAUGGGAAACAACAUCUAUUGAGCCUUCCGGUGGUGAACAGCAUUGGUUAUGUUUUGCGGUUCCUCAAAAAGCUUUGCCGUAGCUUACUGUGUGACAAUCUUUUCAGCAACCAGCCUUUCCCACAAUACAGCACUUCUGAAAACCCUGAAGAAUAUGAAAAUGGACGAAUGGAAUCAGAAACAGCUAUACCUGAAGAUUACCUGAUUGAGCCAGUGACAACAAAACACUACAGUGUAGAUCCCUCUGAUUCUGCCUUCAAUUGUAUGGGAUCUGUGUACUCUAUGAGGCAGAGUUCUGGAGAAGGACGCCAUGGUGGAGGAUCGUCUUCUUCCUGUAGUCAUCGUUCUGGUCAAAUAGCUUCUGGGGGACCAUCGACUAGUCUGAGGCACCAGACAACAAGCCCAACCCGAAAUGGAACUUAUCUGGAGGGAAACAGAAGUGCCUCAAGUCCUUCACCAGAAAGACAGGAUGCUGCUCGACCUACAAGCAAGAAUCCUUUGACAUGGACUGUUGAUGAUGUAGUUUGGUUCGUAAAAGAUGCCGACCCUCAUGCUUUAGGACCUCACGUGGAACUCUUCAGAAAACAUGAGAUUGAUGGCAAUGCUUUGCUAUUAUUGAAAAGCGACAUGAUCAUGAAAUAUUUGGGCCUGAAGUUGGGACCAGCACUGAAACUCUGUUAUCACAUCGAUAAACUGAAGCAAGCCAAGUUCUGAUGUUUUUUAUAAACACCUGACAAACCCAAUGUAAUUUCAGAAAGGAGAUGGAAGGUAACAUGUCGCCUUAGAGAGAGCUGUCCAUGUUCAACUGUUUCUCCUUCUUUUUUUGUACUGAGGACCUGCUCUUUAUAUAACUGUACACUGACAUCUUUUUUUUAAUCCAAUGGAGGGGGUAGUAUGGUCUGUUUUGCUGAUUUGUGUUAAUAAUUUCUCUAAAAAGUAUAUAAUGAUAAUUAUUUUGUAUUAUUCAUAUAUUAUUACUGUUAAUAUUAUUAUUGUUAAGUCCUAUUUUUGUAAUCACAAGUGUAAACUCAGAAGCAAAAAAAAGAACUUUGAAACUUUUAGGGAAAGUGGGUUUUUUUAGAUUUUCUGUGAGAGGCCUCACAUAUGCAUGUUUAUUGCUUGAUCAUCACUACAUUGCCUUUGUGAGCAACCUGUCACAGCUGCAGGGUUUUCAUACCACUAUCCUGCUGUUCAGUACAGUCAAUUGCAGCUGCAAAUAAUCAGUUGCUAACUAGUCUGGUGAUUCACAUGCAUUUGUGAACCAACUGAAAAUCAAAUUCUGCCAUGUAAUUCCUGACUUUCCUGUCACUGGUAGACCAGCUUUAUUUCUCCCAGUUGCUUGUAAUGGCCUCAAAAAAUGUCUGUGACUAUGAUUACAGGAAUGCAGUUUACAGAGAUGCUAAUUGAAUGCAUAUCUACAUGAAAGAUCAUCACAAAUGUAGACAUAUUCUCAUGACAUCCAGUCCCCGAAAGUUGUUCAGCAGUUAUGCUGAUAUUCAUUUCUCCUACUAAUCUGAGUUAGCAUCAUGAUGUGUUUGCAAACAUAGUGAAGGAUGUGGAAUUUUCUAGACAUGAAAUCUUAAAAUAUCCAGAGGCAGCAAUCUGUUUUUUUGCGUUAUGGUCAACAUUAUUCCUCUAGUUGAAAGCAAGUUUGAAAAUACCAUUUCCUGGACUAAUCAGUGGUGUAGAGUAUAAAAAAAUGGCUGUGGAUCUCCAUUCAGCAGUUGCCCACACAAGCUGGAUUCCAAAGAAAAACCACCAGCAAAUAUCUAGAAUCUUGAAGUGGCACACUCUGUGAUGUUCGAAGUGGUUAUGGGGCACAUUUUAGUGUCAAAUCACUGGAACAAGAAGUUGGCUUAGUAGCAGGUAACCCUUUACGAUUGCCACCAAUGCUUCCCAAAGCUCUCUGGUACCUGCAGAGAAAGACUGGGAGAUCUCUCAUUUCACAUAGAAAGGAACUGGAGGUUACUUAUUAUGCAAAGCUUUAGGGCUUCCCUAAAUGUGUCUCUGCUCCAAAGUCUAGUGUAGCACAAGAGUUCUCCUCCACCAUUUCUCUGAAACCUGAGAUGAGCUUGGAGAAGCAGGAGGAGGAUUAUGAUCUGGGCAAGUGCCAUCAGCAGGGUCAGGUUGUUAAUGUAUGUAAUAAGCAGUGUUCAAAAUGAAACCUAGUGUUCCUAACAUUCUUUUCUGAUACAUUAAAUGACUUGUGAGUAUUUGGUUAAGCCUAAACUGGUGUACAUAUUUGACCUUAGUACAAUGACAGUGGGGUGGAGGGAAAGCAACCAAGAGGCCUAGAAGUGUUUCCAGUAAACUUUAUUGCUAUGUCAUAUGGGGAAACAUGUUGUUGUGCACCUUCAAUAUAUUUCUGACUUAUGACCAUCCAAAGGGAACAUAAUCAUGGGGAUUUUUUGACAAGAUUUGUUCAGGAUGUAUGUGUCAUUGCCAUCCACAGAGACUGAGAGACACAAUUUGCCCAAGGUCACCUAUUCGGUUUUCCAUGAAUGAGUAAAGAUUUGAACCCUGAGUUAUCAAUGUCAUUGUUUAGUGCUGAAACUGCUAUACAACACUGGCUUUGGGAAAACAUGACCGUAAUUUGCUCUGUCUAGAAAACGUGGACUUUUUCCCAAGGAAAUAAGAAGUGGGGAUUUCUGCAAACUCAAGGAUCUCGUUUUCUCCAUUUGAGGGACUAAUAAAUAAACACCAUACUUGA